AUAACAAAGUAUGAAAAAAAUGUCGUUAACAGCAAAUGGUUGUUCCUUUCCUGUCAGCUUGACUGUUGAACCAUAGAUAUACAGUAGACUCAGUCCUCUCGUUCUCCAAUCACAAGCUCUUACAGAGAGAAGUACUAUGGCGGACUCGUCGGGGACGACGCUGAUGGAUCUUAUAACAGCGGACCCGGCUCCGGCUCCGGCUCCGGCUUCGUCCGGAAUUCCGGCGGCUGCGUCGAUGUCUCCUUCGUCGGCGGCUCAGCCUACGGCGCUGGGGAAGCCGGCUGGCGAGAAGAGGUCCAAGAGGACCUCCCUUAUGCAGAUCCACAGCGACACCGUUUCUGCAGCCAAGGCCGCUCUGAAUCCCGUCCGCGCCAACAUCAUCCCCCAGAAGCAGAAGAAAAAGCCCGUUUCGUAUUCGCAACUGGCGAGGAGCAUUCACGAACUGGCUGCAACGUCUGAUCAAAAAAGCUCUCAGAAGCAGUUGGUGCAUCAUGUGUUUCCCAAACUUGCUGUGUACAAUUCCGUUGAUCCUUCAUUGGCACCAUCUCUUCUCAUGCUCAAUCAGCAGUGUGAAGAUAGGAGUGUUCUACGGUAUGUGUAUUAUUACUUGGCCAGAAUUUUAUCAGACACUGGAGCACAAGGUUUAAGCACAGGUGGUGGGAUUCCUACACCAAAUUGGGAUGCUCUAGCUGACAUUGAUGCUGUUGGAGGUGUGACUAGAGCUGAUGUUGUACCCCGAAUAGUAGAACAGCUUACAGCAGAGGCCUCAAAUGCUGAUGUUGAAUUUCACGCACGGAGAUUGCAAGCUUUGAAGGCUCUUACAUAUGCUCCUUCAAAUAACUCUGAUAUUUUGUCCAGAUUGUACGAAAUUGUAUUUGGCAUAUUUGAUAAGGUCGCUGAUGGCCCACAAAAACGUAAGAAAGGCAUGUUUGGAACUAAAGGUGCUGAUAAGGAGUUUGUCAUUCGGAGUAAUUUGCAAUAUGCUGCACUAAGUGCUUUGAGAAGACUUCCUCUAGAUCCCGGAAAUCCAGCUUUUCUGCAUCGUGCUGCACAGGGGGUUUCAUUUGCUGAUCCUGUUGCUGUGAGGCAUGCAUUGGAAAUCCUCUCUGAGUUAGCUACAAGAGAUCCGUAUGCAGUUGCAAUGGCCUUAGGAAAGCUUGCACAGCCUGGAGGUGCUUUGCAGGAUGUUCUCCAUUUGCAUGAUGUUCUUGCUAGAGUUUCGCUAGCCAGGUUGUGCCAUACAAUAUCGAGAGCUCGAGCACUAGAUGAGAGGCCGGAUAUUAGAGCUUUGUUCAGCUCGGUGCUCUAUCAACUCCUUCUAGAUCCUAGUGAGAGAGUUUGUUUUGAGGCAAUCUUGUGUGUAUUGGGAAAGCAUGAUAACACAGAGAGGACUGAAGAACGCGCUGCUGGGUGGUACCGUUUAACCAGAGAGAUUCUCAAGUUGCCAGAAGCACCAUCUGUGGCAUCAAAGGAAGCUACCAAAGAUAAAGCUCAAAAGACCAGGCGUCCACAACCCCUUAUUAAACUUGUUAUGAGAAGGUUGGAGACUUCUUUCCGUAGUUUCUCUAGGCCAGUGCUUCAUGCAGCUGCAAGAGUUGUGCAGGAGAUGGGGAAAAGUAGGGCUGCUGCUUUUGCUUUAGGCUUACAGGAUAUUGAUGAAGGAGUUCAUGUUAAUACAUUUGCUGAGACUGUAGACUCGCAUGAUUCAGAUACCAAUGAAAACCUGCACCCUGAAGGUACCCGAAGAACCUCUUCUAUAUCUAAUGGAACAGGUGGCAAGGAUACAAUUGCAGGCUUAUUAGCUUCAUUGAUGGAAGUAGUGCGUACAACUGUAGCAUGCGAAUGUGUAUAUGUUCGAGCAAUGGUAAUCAAGGCUCUGAUCUGGAUGCAAAGUCCACAUGAUUCAUUUGGCGAACUAGAAUCAAUUAUUGCAUCAGAGCUCUCUGAUCCAGCUUGGCCAGCAACACUAUUGAAUGAUAUCUUACUUACCCUGCAUGCUCGUUUUAAGGCAACUCCAGAUAUGGCUGUCACUCUUCUUGAAAUUGCAAGGAUUUUUGCUACUAAAGUUCCUGGGAAGAUUGAUGCUGAUGUUUUGCAACUACUAUGGAAAACAUGCCUUGUUGGAGCUGGUCCUGAUGGAAAACACACAGCUUUGGAGGCAGUCACCAUAGUUCUUGAUCUACCACCACCACAACCUGGGUCAAUCUUGGGGCUUACAUCAGUGGACAGUGUUUCUGCAUCAGAUCCAAAGUCGGCUCUGGCAUUACAAAGGCUAGUACAAGCAGCAGUAUGGUUUCUUGGAGAAAAUGCAAAUUAUGCUGCUUCAGAAUAUGCUUGGGAAUCUGCAACCCCUCCUGGUACAGCAUUAAUGAUGUUAGAUGCAGAUAAAAUGGUCGCUGCUGCCAGUUCACGUAACCCUACUCUAGCUGGUGCAUUGACUCGACUUCAGAGGUGCGCUUUCAGUGGCAGCUGGGAGAUUCGUAUCAUUGCUGCUCAAGCUCUUACAACAAUUGCAGUCAGGUCUGGUGAACCUUUUAGGCUACAGAUCUAUGAAUUCUUACACACUUUAGCACAGGGUGGUUUGCAGUCUCAAUUUUCAGAGAUGCAUCUCAGUAAUGGUGAAGAUCAAGGGGCCAGUGGCACCGGCCUUGGAGUUUUAAUAAGUCCUAUGAUAAAAGUUCUUGAUGAAAUGUACAGAGCACAAGAUGAUUUGAUCAAGGAAAUACGGAAUCACGACAAUACUAAGAAAGAAUGGACAGAUGAAGAACUCAAGAAACUAUAUGAAACCCAUGAGAGAUUGCUUGAUCUUGUUUCUUUGUUUUGUUAUGUGCCAAGAGCAAAGUAUCUACCUUUGGGGCCAAUAAGUGCAAAACUUCUUGACAUCUAUCGCACACGGCACAAUAUAAGCGCAUCGACUGGUUUGAGUGAUCCUGCUGUUGCUACUGGAAUUUCUGACCUUAUCUAUGAAUCUAAACCAGCCCCUGAUGAGCCUGAUUCACUUGAUGAUGACCUAGUAAAUGCUUGGGCAGCAAACCUUGGUGAUGAUGGCUUGUUGGGAAACAAUGUACCGGCUAUGAACAGGGUUAACGAAUUUCUUGCUGGUGUGGGAGCUGAUGCUCCUGAUGUUGAUGAGGAGAACAUCAUCUCUAGACCUUCAGUUAGUUAUGAUGAUAUGUGGGCAAAGACACUUUUAGAAACUUCAGAAUUAGAGGAAGAUGAUGCAAGGUCAUCUGGGACUUCUUCACCAGAGUCAACAGGAUCAGUUGAAUCUUCCAUAUCAUCCCACUUUGGUGGAAUGAGCUACCCUUCAUUGUUCAGCUCACGGCCCACCACAUAUGGGGCUGCACAAACUUCGGAGAGGUCUUCAGCAAGCAGGUUUAGCAAUCCUCCCACUGGUGGUUCCUCAAUUUAUGAGGGUCUAGGUUCUCCGAUUAGAGAAGAGCCUUCAUCAUACACACAUGAAUCUUUUGAGAAUCCCUUAGCUGGGCGUGGAUCCCAGAGUUUUGGGUCACGAGAAGAGGAACGAGCUUCAUCUGGAAAUCCAAAGGUCGGAACGGCACUAUAUGACUUCACUGCUGGUGGAGAUGAUGAGUUAAACUUGACUGCGGGAGAAGACGUAGAAAUUGAGGACGAAGUGGACGGCUGGUUUUUUGUGAAGAAGAAACGCCCUGGGAGGGAUGGCAAGAUGGCUGGGUUGGUGCCUGUUCUCUAUGUCAGUCAAUCUUGAGUUCAUUAGUGUAUCUAGGCUAUACGACUUCAUGAGUGUUUAUUGAGAUUUUCUUCAGCAGUUUAACCCUUAUCCUUUUUCGAUCAUGCAUCUCCCUAGAGUUUCAUUGGGGUGAGAUUAAUUUUCUUGAGAGUUUCAUACUGUCUUUUUGCUACUUUACCUGGCACACCAAAACACCCAGUUUCGUGCUACUGUGGUCUGUGAACUAUCCUCCAUUUUCUUGGGCAACGGAUCAUCAGUGAGACUCUGGGUUGCAGCAGCUUGGAACACAAUUGGAGACCAAUGCGUAGCAGAAAGGUUCACAUCACUUGAACUAUGUAAUUAUAACUAUGGGUUUUGUUAGUAAAAGACAAUAUUACUUGUCAUA